CGUAGAACAAACUUGACAGACCCUGGGAGCGACACUCCUUUUGGCGCGCUCGGUCGCGUCUCACCGUUCAUUGCUGACUUGCUCGCAACACCAGCACGACGUAUGGUACACUUGCCGACGCGUCGCCCUCAAAUUAAACUUAACUUUUUUAAUCCGAUUUUCCAAGCGUCCAAAUAGUGAACGCGUUAAUUUUUUUUUCUAACAACAAACACCGAUUUAUUUACCAAAACGGCGACCCAAAGUAAUUUUCGCUCAGCGAAAACUUAUAUCGCGAUUUCAAUCAUCGCCGACGACUCGAACGCUAGUCGUUUCAGUAUACGAUUUCUUUAGAAUUGUUUUUAAAGUAACAAGUAUAGUUUAUUAAGUAUUUGUGAGGAUACCAAAUAGAGGCGUGGAAGGAAAAUAACCGAAAAUGUCGAAAAAACAUCUUCACAACCAAGCGGCUAUACCGUUAGCUCCGGCGGUGUUUAAGAAACCCCAAAUGCGGCCGAUGAUAGUUGAAUAUGACCCCAAGAAAAAAGGAGUCAAAAAUGACUUAUCAGAUGUCGUCAUGGUCAAGUACAAAGUUAACCCAAAUGAGAUCCCAGUGGAACAGGAGGCGGGCUCCACCCUGCCCCUCAUGGAGAUCCCGGGCAGGGACAUUGAGGCCGAUGAGGAUUACAAUCCAUUCGAGCACAGGAAGCUGGCGCAUCCUACAUCGGACAUGGACACCCUAAUUCACUUGCUGAAAGGUUCCCUGGGAAGUGGGAUCCUGGCUAUGCCUAUGGCGUUCCGUAACGCUGGGCUCUAUUUCGGCCUGAUAGCGACCUUUGCCAUCGGCGGUAUCUGCACGUACUGCGUGCACGUCCUGGUGAAAACAGCUCACGAACUCUGCAGAAGACUACAAAAACCAUCGUUAGGUUUUGCCGAAACCGCUGAAGCCGCUUUCUUGUCUGGGCCACCCGCUGUGCAUAAGUUCUCUCGUCUAGCCAAAGCUAUGAUCAACUGGUUCCUUGUGAUAGACUUACUCGGCUGCUGCUGCGUCUACAUUGUGUUCGUCGCCAAAAACGUUAAGCAAGUGGUAGACUUCUACGCGACUGGAUCUGACUGGUACGACGUCGAUGUCCGUAUCUACAUGGCUGUGCUUCUCCCUCUGCUGAUCCUCAUGAAUUUGAUAAGGAACCUGAAGUACUUGGCACCGUUCUCCAUGAUCGCUAACUUACUAGUAGGCACUGGAAUGGGCAUUACUUUCUACUACCUGUUUCAAGAAGUGCCAAGUUUGAGCGAACGGUUACCCUUCACAUCUGUUGACCGCCUGCCAACUUUCUUCGGAACCGCCAUCUUCGCUCUCGAAGGAAUUGGUGUUGUGAUGCCCCUGGAGAACAACAUGAAGACUCCCACCCACUUCAUCGGAUGCCCUGGCGUGCUUAACACUGGAAUGUUCUUCGUGGUUUCACUGUAUGCGUUUACUGGAUUCUUCGGCUACUUGAAAUAUGGUCCAGAUACCAAGAGCAGUAUUACUUUGAAUCUCCCCCAAGACGAAGUAUUGGGACAAUGUGUGAAACUGAUGAUUGCCGUCGCCAUAUUCUUCACCUACAGUCUUCAGUUCUACGUGCCAAUGGAAAUUAUUUGGAAGAACGUCCGCCACUGGUUUGGUGCCAAGAAAAAUCUUGCCGAAUACAGCAUCCGUAUCGGAAUCAUCAUACUGACAUUAGGCACGGCUAUCGCUAUCCCGAAUCUUGGGCCAUUCAUCUCGCUGGUCGGCGCUGUCUGUCUUUCGUUCCUCGGCCUGAUCUUCCCUGCCGUCAUCGAGACCGUCACCUACUGGGACAGGCCCAACGGCCUAGGCCGCUUCAACUGGGUACUCUGGAAGAACCUUUUCUUGGUUUCCUUCGGCAUCCUCGGUUUCCUAACGGGAGCUUACGUCAGCGUUUUGGAUAUAAUCCACGGCGAGGAAUAAAGACAGACACGCAUGACCAUUUCAUAGAAUAAGGCUCAAUAGAUAUGAUUUAAGCUAAGGCCUAUUUUUAUAAGUAAAAUGGUUUCGAUGGGUUAAUAUGAUUGACAAUGGCUUCCAUUUUAGUAAAACUUUUUAGAACAUAUUUUAUUUUACAUGUAACCACAAAUUAAAUUCAUCAGGAAAUAAUGUGCACAAACUCAUCAGAAGAGCUUCUUAUUGAAACCGUCGAACUUUAUAAAAUUUACGUAAUAUUAAUUUCGCUUUUAGUACUUUUAUACUACUUAUUUGUGGUUAGCGCCACUUUAAUUUUGUAUAACAAAGUUGUAUUCUCUUAAUAAAAUUGAGUUUUCGUGUUAAAUGCUCAAUUUGUAUUAUUUGAGAUUAGAGUUAUCGACCUAUUUUACGUUUUGAGUUGAAAAUUAGUUGAUGCGUAGCAGGUUGUGUAUUCCUAUUACUUACAUUUAUUUAGCCCCAAAAAUCUGUAGCCAUUUUAGUUGUAAGUGAAGUGUAGAUAAAUCUACUUUUAAAUGUGUGAGAAUUUGUCUAGUGCAUUAUCGAAAUGUGAUACAAGUUUAGGUUAACUAAAAGGCAUUAUGGUAUUGGAAAAUAUAUGACUUUAAAUUAAUUAAACAUGGUUUCGAAAAUAGACAAUAUUAAUGUAGUUGUUAGCAAACAUUUUGGACGCGGCUUGCCAAGGCGUCCUGAACGUGAUUAAGUACCCAGGUACUAUUUUGGGGUCUAAACAUAGAAACAUUGUUCGUGAUAAUAAUUAUGGCAUUUCCAUUACCAAAAAAAUACAUGUAGGUAAGUAUAUAACUGCUUAUGUAGUAUAAAUAUUCAUAUCGAGCUUUUUUGGAAAAUUAUGAACUGACGCAUUUAUCUAUAUGUACCUAUAGGUACGGUAUUAGGAUCCUCCCUUGAGAUAAUUAAUGUAAUAAAUAAGAGAAAAAUACAUGAACUCAGGCGAUAAAGUUGAUAAAUCUCAAUAUUAGAUACAUAAUUAUGUACCUAAAGACUGGUUAUAAUAUUGUAUUUUUAUGUCACAAAAAUAUUAUUCUCAAUCGUCCUUCGCUGUCUCAAAAUUGAAGUCGAUACUUCUAGAAGAUAAGAUACUGAACGGUUUACUCCAAGUUAAUUACGUAAAUGUCGGAAUCUUCAUACGUGAUAAGCAAGUAAUCCUAUUGUUCCUCGUACAAGUUUGUUUCUGAAUAUUUAUUGAUAUACUAACCAAGUGAUAGUUAAUGUGUGGUUUACAUACGAAUGGCUAAAUUGAGAUGAAGAAAUCUAUUAUAAAUGAUCGUGUGAUAGUCAUUCUGUAUUAGAUGAUAGCUCGUAAGUGUUUUACUUUUAAAGUUGGUAUCUGAUUUAAUAUUAAUAUCAUUAUUGUUUACAAGACCGUUUUAUUAAGAUGAGGAAAAAAUAAGGGCGUCGAGGAAAUGCAGAUAGCUAAAGAGUUACAAUAAGAAACUUUUUCGCGUUUCGGGAUACGAUUACGAAACUUGCACCUUAUUAAUCAGAGCAUAGUAUAAACUUGACUGAGUACAAUAGUCCUAAAGUAGAUUUCAAAAGUAAAGAUUUCAAUGUAGUUUCAAGGAUAGCCCUUAUUUUUUUCUGGAAGCUAAUUUAUUAGAAUUUGACCGUAUAGUGAUGUAUCGACCCCUCUGUUCUGAAUCUGUUCUAGAUGGCUAUGCUGGGAAAACCUUAACUUUUUCUUAACUAUGACGUAAAGUCAAAUAACCGUGAAUAUUUAGAGACUAGUACAUUUCCUAAAACUAACUAAAACGAAUAGAAUGAACGACAUUCUUUAUUUAUGAUAAAUAACUUACUGUAAAAUUACAAUAAUGUCAAUUCGGAUACAUUCAUAAAAUAUAUUUUAAACUUGCUAUAUUUUUUGUGAGAAUAUAUUUGAUAUGUAGUGAAGACGAAAAUGAUCUGCUACACGGUUAUAUAAAAUUAAUUCAUGGGAUAUCAUUCCUACAUAUUUGGUAUGAAGUACCAGCCUACCUAUUUUAGAUAGUUAGAAGUGGUUGUUUUGUUACAGUAUUAAAUAAAUACGAUUUAAGGAA